AACUCCACUUAGAAAUUAUCCAUUUGCCUAUGACCACUCUUAACCCAAAAUAGUUGUGUUUGAUAAAAACAAUCUAGAAUGAGAUACAGCAUCAGCAGUCCAGAACUUAGUGAUUUAUUGUGUUAGUACAAGAUUUCACAGAUUCUAAUCCCUUGAAAACUACUCCAUUUUCUUGUUGUGGCAGGACACAGAAAUCACACAACGGAUUAAAAAAGAUGUGGUUUUCCUCCAUAAAUUAUAAUUUCACUCCACAUCCCUCUACCCCAAACAGCACUACUUCUUUAGUAGCCUCUCUUUCCCUCAAACACAAAAAAGUACUAUUAGUAUUUCUUCUUCUUCUUCCUAAAGCUCUCCAGUUUCUUUAGAUUUCUUCAAGAAAAUAUAUAAAAAUGGCCAUUAGAAAAUCAAACAAGCUACCACAAGCCGCAGUUUUGAAGCAAAUUAUGAAAAGGUGUUCGAGUUUGGGUAAGAAGCAAUGCUAUAAUGAUGAAGCUCACCUUCCCAUUGACGUACCUAAAGGACAUUUUGCAGUUUACGUGGGAGAGAACCGAACUCGAUAUAUUGUACCAAUUUCUUUCUUAAAUCACCUUGAGUUUCAGUGCCUCCUCCAAUGCGCUGAAGAAGAAUUUGGAUUUGAUCACGACAUGGGCAUCACUAUUCCCUGCGAAGAAGUUGUUUUCCGGUCACUAACUUCCAUUAUUUGUUAUAGUGAAGUACCUGAAAAGAAGAAAAUAUUGUGAAUACCAAAUUGUGUUUUUUCGUUUCUCUUUUUUGUAACAUCUUUCUUUAUUCCAUUUUUUUUGGGUGGUACUUUCUAGUUUGUAAUUCAAUCUUAACACCAACGGCGAUCCCUGGCAACGGCGUUUUUCCUUUUUUAAAAUUAAAAAAGAAAAAUAAAAACCUAGGAAACACAUUAUAUCCUUAGUUCUUUUUAUGGUCAGAAUCAGAUUUGUAAAAGAAAAAAAAAAUGGAAGUUUUUCUUUGCAGCGCUGGUGCUUUGUUGCACCCUCAGAGAGAAUUAUAAAUGUCUCUCAAUCAUUCAUCGUUAGAUCUUCCUUUCUUUCAUGCAAUGGUUGACCUAAUUUAAGCCAUAUGCAAUGGCCUCUGAAUGCUACGUGAAAGCAAUUUCAUCAUAUGACUCAAGAACAACUGGCUUAUUAGACAAAAAAAAUAAAAAAUCAAAUCUAAACAGUUUACAUGAAUAAAACGGAACCAACAACAAAUAUUAAGCUAAGUAAUUGAUUUAAGCAAGUUCAUGACUAUUUCAAUUCUUUGAAGAUUCUAGAUUUACAAAAUAUAGAAAAGUUAAUAAUCUACUAUUCCUGAUAAUAGCUAUUCUUUUAGGCAUGGAGUAGAUUUAUCUGUACCCUUUACAAAUGGUUUUGCAGCGUUAUGAAAUUCAUUUUUUCUCAGCCUGAUAUGCUCUCAUUUUUUAGGCCAAGAAACUGCCUUUUAAGUAGCUAACUUACCGGUUCAACAUUGUCAUAUAUUUCAAACAACAAAUUUGCAGAAAGAAAUAAGUAUCAGUUUCCGAGUCAUGA